AUUAGAAAAUACGUUGUAUAUUUAUUAACUAAAUCAUAUUUUAAAAAUAUGGGUCUAAAGUGUAAUUUAAAGAUCUUUAAGGAAUCAAGGAGUUAUACCGAGUCUGAAAUAAAUAGUUACAUUGAGGAGUUUUUUCAGGAAUGUUCCAGACUAUCCGGAAAACCAACACAUAAUUCAUUUGAGAACACAAAAGCCUGGGAGUAUAUUAAAAAAUGUCUGGAAUCACUAAAAAAUCAGGAGGAAGUUGACCCAGAAAUUCUCGACAAAAAUGAAGCCUAUUCAUAUGUGUUGAAUAAGUAUCAGAUAUUUGAUCAGGUAGUGAAUUUGGUAGAAAGAAUUAAGGCCGAAGAACGGGAUAAAAUACCCUUGUUCGGUCUUCCACUUGCAAUAAAGGAUAACGUGGCAGUUAAGGGGAUACCACUGAAAAAUGGAGCCACAACUGGGCCUUAUGAACCCAGUUUCACGGCAACUGCAGUAGAGUCACUUAUUAACGCAGGGAUGGUACUGGUUGGUAAGACCAAACUUAACGGUUUUGGCCUUGGGGCAAAUACUACAGGAGUUAAGAGCAUUUACGGCGAAGAGUAUAUUGUCGGAGGCUCAUCAGGUGGUUCAGGAGUUGCAGUAGGAGGAAACUCCGUUACCGUCGCAAUUGGCACCGACACUGGUGGUUCAGUCAGGUGCCCAGCAGCUUUUUGCAAUGCAGUCGGCUACAGACCCUCAAAAGGUGUUGUUAGCAGGUUUGGAAUGCACGAACUUUCGGCGAAUUUUGACACUGUUGGAUUUAUUACAAAUACUGUCUAUGAAGCAGUUUAUCUAGCUUAUUUUACCUCUGGUUAUGAUAUCAAAGAUAUGCUAAGUGAAUAUGAUUCAAACCUUAUUAAACAAUCUUUUCUCGCUCUUUUACACAACUUUAACAACCUAAAAAUACCGUUGGAUAUGUGGAAGGGGUUGAAGAAUGUAAAAAUCGGUAUGUUUGAUUCCGAGGAGAUUUUUAAAUUGGGGUUUAUUGAUGAGGAGAAUAAAGUUAAUAUGGAGAAUGCUGCUAGAAUAACCUCAGAAUUAGGAGCAGAGGUUAUAAAAUUAACCAUUCCACCCCUGGAUAAGUUGACUGCAAUUUAUUACUUGGAAACUGCGAAGCAAACUACCACUAACGUUAGAAGGUUCAAUCAAUAUCCUUAUUCGUCAAACAAAUCAACCACCGUUACUGAUUUAGUACUAAGUUUUGAAAAAAGAAUACAAGAACGAUUUUUACUAGGGGAAUAUGUAAAGCUGAGUGAAUUUAAUAUUGAAGGGUUGUUAAAGGACCAGAGAGAAGAGAUGAUCAAAUGGGUGGAAGAGAAUAAACUGUUCAGCGAAGUGGAAUUUUUCAUAACACCGUCAACAUCAGAAGUGUUGCCAAAAAAGAAUAUAGAAUUACAAUCUAAAAACGUUUACAUGUUGGACUUAUUUCUGACUAUUUCACCAAUACUAGGACUAUGUUCACUCAGUUUGCCUCUUAGGAAUUCAAAUAGGCCCAAUUCACUACAUAUUACUGGAGGAUACUUUCAGGAUCACAGAUUAAUGGAAGUUUCGCUUAUUUUUGAAGCAUAUUUAAGAACCCAAACCAUUUCAACAUAAAUUAAAUCCAAUGAUAUUUAAUUGUUUUAAUUUUAAAA